AUGGCUAAUAUAGUGGAGCUGGACCAGAUACUACGGAAUGUAGCAAUCGUGGAUGAGGAAACGUUAGGUCAGUGGAUUGUGCUCAGUGAUAUCGCCAACGCGAGUGUGUAUUUUAAUGCCAACGUAGCGACGUCUUUUGCCGCGGUACGGAAUAUAUCCGAUAUCAUUGUUACGAGAUACCUUAACAAUUCCAACCAGAAUGAGGUUUCCCUGCAUUGUAAGACCAAAUUCUGUAUUUUACUUAAUAACUUCGCGCUCUACCAACCCGUUCGAAAAGCCGUUUUUGCGGCGUUGGAGAAACUCACUGGUGUUUUCGAGACCUCCAUUGCGGCGGAGAGCAGGAUGCCAUUCGAGUCUGAGCUGGGAAGGAUGUCGGAGCACGUGCUGGUGCUACUGAUGCGGUGCACUGAUUACAAUCUCAAAGCUGCGGCCAUUCAUGAGUUCACGGAAGGCCAAACACAAUUCGCCAUUCAACUCCUCCUGGCCAUCCUACUGAAGGAGCCACCGUACGAGUUCGAUCUGAGGUGCAAUUGCAUCACUGGCAUUUACGGAUUCACGCAUCCGCAAGCCUUCUUCACGCCUGAGGAAGAUAUCAGGGAGAACUCGUGCGCAAAAUUCACGGAAAAGAUAGACUUCAUUCUCAACCACAUGCUCCGCCUGAAGGCGACGCAAGUGAUAAACGAAGUCUUGAAGGAAGCUAUCCUCGAGAAGGAUACCAAUCCGAUUGUGCUACGGCGUGGUGUUAGCGAUAUGAUGCGCUCCAUUAUGAAUAUAUUCAAGUUCAGCUCAAACAACUCAUCGCAAUGGCGGAAGCAUGUAAUUCUCCACACAAGGUUUAUGCAUGAAGCGGUGGUGAUGCAUACCCAAUCUCUCGUGAAAAUUCUGCAAAAGCAGGUCAUGGAGGUACCUUUCAUUGUGUCUAUGGAUUUGCUGAAGGCGCUUAUUUUGACGCUUAGAUUCUGCGUCUUCGCGUCGUACCGCCUCGGCAGCUUCGCGGUUCAGCUAAGGAGCUACUACUCCUCCCUCGUGAGUUUGUUCGAGCUGCCGAUUCAAACGCAGCUCGCGGAUGCGCGUCAGUCAAGGAGUUUUAUCGAUCUCUACAUCGCCGCUCUACACUUUUUGUGUAACAUGAACGCCUUAGACGACACCACCCCUCUGGAGGAGAGGGUGACCUUGGUGUUAGGCGGAGAUCGGCUCGCGCACGCCCUGGAGGUCUUCCUCAACAACGAAGUCGCGGUCUGCGGGAUGCCCGUCGUCCAGGCCUGGCAUCGGCAGUUCCUGGAGAACGCCCUGGAGUGGCCCCAUGAGUCGCAAAACACCACCUACAAUAGGAUCAACUCGAUUUUCGAGAAUCUGCUGCGGCGUGAGCAGGCCGCGGCCGCCCCGACGGCCGCCCGUCUGCCCGCAUCGCAGCAUCCAGCGGAGAUGGCAUCGGGGAAGGGGAGGGAAUCCGACAAGGCCGCCGGCGGUGGCCCCGGAGCGUCCGUGGGUGACUUUCAUAGCAAAGCCAAACCCGAACCCCACGCGGCGCCCAUGCAAGAGGUGGAUACGAACCUCCGCUGCGUGCUCACCGGGGAGCUCAUGAAGAACCCCGUGAGGUCGCCCUACGGCCACUCGUUCGACAAGGCGGCGAUUCUGAGUUGGUUUGAUCAGAACGGCUCGGUAUGCCCGAUCACCGGAAAGCCUUUGGUUGCCUCGCAGCUCGUUCCCGAUACCGUCAUGGGCGCGAAAAUUAUGCAGCAGAUCAUCACUCAAAGUAUGGCUACGCAACUGACCGACGAUGACUUGUACAACUUCUAA